AAACAAAUUUUAGAAAAAUAUUUCAGAAUAGCAGCGAAAUCGAAAUACUUCAGUCGAGUUUCGAAUUCCAAGCUGAGCGGUCAGAAAUAUUAAAGAUUGAAUUGAAAAAAUUUUGAAAAAAUCCAGAAUGCCACUUAAGAAAAAGGACGAGUAUAUUCCAAUCAAAUGCGAGGGUUGGGACGGUAAAUUUCUUUAUGCGCCGGGCACUACGAAUAACGUCUCAAAAGUGCGUCGCUAUAAUCAAAAUGUGACGGACACCUCAAAUUUCUACGGUUUCAACACGGAGCCCACCAUCUUGCCAACCACUUGGGAUGGUACCUUCGUGAAGAGUGGCGAAACACGUUUGAAACAGGAACGCAAUCGCUCCGAUGAUUCCGAAUACUUCCAGUACAACACCGAUCCAACAGUAUUGCCCACAACCUGGAACGGCGAAUUUGUCCUGGAUCCAAAUGAUGUACGCAUUAAGCCAGAAAGAAAUUUCUCCGAUGUGCGAGAUUAUGCUGAAGCAAGCCGUUUCAGACAAGUGAAAUGAUGGAAGAGUAUCAAGUGAAAAAGGUUUAUUGAGGACGAAGGGACGCAAAGAGUUCCAC